AUGGGCUGGAAUACAUACAACUAUUACUCGUGCAGCCCCAACGAAUCAAUUGUCCACUCCAACGCGAAAGCCCUCGUCGACCUGGGCCUCGCGGAUCUGGGAUACCGCUAUGUCACAACCGACUGCGGCUGGACAGUCGCCGAUAGACUGCCCGAUGGCUCGCUAACGUGGAACGAAACACUCUUCCCGUCCGGGUUCCCCGCUCUGGGCGAGUACAUCCAUGACCUGGGUCUGCUGUUCGGAGUCUACGAAGACGCGGGCAUUCGUACAUGCCAAGUUAAUAUCGAACAGGCGGGAAGUCUCUACCACGAGGAGCACGAUGCGACCACUUUUGCCGAGUGGAAUAUUGAUGCUCUCAAAUACGAUAACUGCUUCUCCAAUGCAGCGGCCGGGUAUCCGGACGCCGAUUAUACCCCGAGUACAUCCCCCCGCUUCCGCUACGCCAAUAUGACCAAUGCAUUGGGUCAACACAGAGCAGUCCUCUUCCAAAUCUGCGAAUGGGGCGUCGAUUUCCCCGCCCGCUGGGCCCCAUCUCUCGGACAGACAUGGCGUAUCGGGAAUGAUAUCAUCCCCGCCUGGCGAGCGAUCUUCAGGACACUGAACCAGGCUGUACCGAAUACUGCCUUUGCAGGACCGAGCCAAUGGCCUGAUCUUGACAUGUUGGAGAUUGGUACGAAUGCUUUGACCACCGUGGAGGAGCAGACGCAUUUUAGUAUGUGGGCUAUUUUGAAGAGUCCACUCACUAUUGGAGGUGCGUUGAAGGAUGAGUUCACCAGUAUUAGUGAGGCUUCACUUGGGGUUUUGAGGAAUAAGGAUGUUAUUGGGUUCAAUCAGGAUGCGCUUGGUGUUAGUGCGAACUUGAGGCGCAGGUGGUCGGAAGAGGGGUAUGAGGUUUGGAGUGGACCGCUGGAGAACGGGAGGAUGGUUGCGGCUUUGAUUAAUUGGGAUGACGAGGACAGGAAAUUGACGUUGGACUUGCCCGUUGUUGGGGUUCAGUUUGCGGGUAUGGUUAAGGAUGUGUGGGCUGGUAAGGUUGCUGAGAAUGUUCGGACGGGUUAUACGUCGACUGUUUCUGCUCAUGGAGUCAUGCUUCUGGAGCUAAGCAGUACGAUCCAAGCUGGAGUGUACUCGGCUGAUCUCUUCGCAACGAAGAACGGCGUCCCUGACGAAGUGUGGCGACGGGUUCUGCAAGCCCGUUGGCUCGAAGAUCGGCUACUUGAACGCAAGCAACCUCCAACGAUUGCUAUCCCAGCCAGCGUACCAUGUCUUGAUGCCUCAAACGCGAAGUCCAAAUACCUGGAAAUUGACUAUAUCAACAACGACAUUGCAUUCUCGACUUCAUGGGGAUGGGGCUCCAACUCCAGAAAUCUGACCAUAUCCCUCAACGACAGAGAACCUGUUCGCCUGGAGGUUCCUCUUUCAGGUCGUCAUAGUGAGCUCUUCGGACCUGGACUCGGCUGGUGGGAUACUGCAACUCUGGGAUUGCUUGUAGGUGGGUGGAAGAAUGGUAACAACGUCGUCGUCCUUGGCAAUUAUGACUCCACAGAUGUGAGCCAGACUUAUGCUCCUGAUAUUGUUGGAGUUCGUGUCUUCGAUUAG